GUUGCCGCCAUGACCGCCAUGACCGCAGUGCCAUCCCUUCAGUUCGUAACAUCGACUGGGCAUUAUGAAAGCAUGCUGUCGGAGCAGCUGAAGGCUUUGCACGAGACGCUUCUCCAGGAACACACGCACGAGGUUCAACACCUGCGAAAUGCAAACUUAUUGCUUCGAGAAGAAUUGCUCCGAGCUCAUCAGAGUGGUCACAGUGGUCACUUGCCUCGCUCGGCGAGCGCCGUCCCGGGCGGCCUGUCCCCGGGGAAGGGCAGUGCCGCAUCGAUGCGGAAGAGCAGGUCGCUGGAGUCUCUGGAUGAGAAGGUCCCCGAUGGCGCUGUGGACAGAUGGGCGCAUUUGUUCAUCAAACUUACGCAGCGGGAGUACGAUUCUUCGGCGGUGUCCACUGUUAGCGAAGAUGGCGACGGGAGCCAGAACCUGGUGAUGCGUACCUCCUGGGCGAUACCGUGGGAAAAGGCCAUGCGAAUUCACCACGGCCGCAAGAUCCGCGUGUCUCGCUCCGAGCAGUUGACCUCUGCGAUGCAUAUGAAGGACAGGGUGAAAGAUGACUCAUUCCUCCAGCGCUUUGUCUUCGGACCGUACAGUUUGUUCCCACUGCUGUGGUCGGUGAUCGGCUGCGGCUUGAUCCUGUGGGACCUUGUCACGAUUCCUUUGGAAAUGUUUGACAACAUCCCGGACUUCAUUGCCUUCCUACAAGCAAUGGGAAAAGUCACCUUUGCCUUUUGGUUGCUGGAUAUGCCUCUGAACGUCCUGGUGGGUGUGGAGGUCAAUGGCAAAGUGGAGCUGAGACCCGCUAUCCUCGCUUGCCGCUACUUCAGGACUUGGUUCAUCCUGGACCUGCUGGUGGUUUCUCUGGACGCGGUGCUCAUCUCGUUGGAAGCGCUGCUGGGGGAUCAAGGUGCUGAGGCGGGUCUGAAGUCCGCGCGCUUCCUCCGCACCCUUCGGAUGUUGCGCCUGGUGCGUUUGGCGCGGGUGGCCAAACUGCAGCAGGAGUUCACCUUGUUGGCAAACCGUUUCCUAUCUUCCAAUGCCUUUCUUGUGGCCAAGAUCUUGGGAGGUCUUCUGAUGAUUUUAGCCAUUACUCACCUGGUGGCAUGUUGCUGGUUUGGCGUGGCUGCAUGGACACAUCAGGCCUCCAGUUGGCUCAUCCGAGCAGAGCUGGAAGAGGCAAAUUUCUUCGAAUCCUACGCUGCUUCCAUUCACUGGUCCAUGACCCAGUUCACGCCUGCCACCACCAACAUUGCUCCGGCCAACGGCAUCGAAAGGCUCUUUGCCGUGUGUGUCAUCCUCUUAGCCAUCGGCGUCUUCUCGUCCUUCAUCACAUCCUUGAGUGCCACAGUGAGUUCCCUCCGGAAUUCAAGGGCGGAACGUUUUCAGCAGCAGUCUGCCCUGCUGCAGUUUUUCACCGAAAGGAAUUUGUCGACGGAUCUGUACUGCAAGGUGACCGAAGCCUUACGUCGCCGCAACGUCAAGAAACGCAUCAAAGAAGGUGAUGUUCAGCUGCUUGGUGCGUUGCCGGAAAGGAUGAAGAUGCAGCUUCACGAGGAGAUGUUCUUGCCCCGCUUGAAGUGUUUGGGCAUUUGGCCCGAAUGGAGCCUCGAAGAGGACGAUUACUUCUUUAAAAGCUUGUGUCAUUAUGCCUUGGCAGAGCAUGCUUGCGCUCCGGGACAAGAUGCCUUCAUGCCAGGAACGGACUGCAAUCAGGUGUACAUCAUCGAAUCUGGAUCCAUGGGUUAUCUGUCCAGACAAAGCGUCUCUCAGUCGCUUUGCGGCGAAGAUGAAGUGAUUUGUAUGGCCAGUCUGUGGGCUGCCUGGUACCAUCGCGGAAGGCUGACCGCUUCCCAUGGCACCUGUUUCUACGUGGGGAUCAAUUGCGAAGAGUUCGGACGGUUGGCCAGUAGCCAUGGAGGACCCUUGUGGCAAUAUCUGCAGGUCUUCGGAAUGUUGUUAGUUGGAACUGUGGAGGUCCUCGAAGACCACGGCGAAGACUUGUCGGACCUGUCAUUGCCUAUGGAGAAAUUGUCCCACCUGGGAAAUCGCGCGCAGCACUUGGUGAGGAAGGCGGCCCGCUUCUUUCGCGGCAGCCGGGGUUAUCGCUCAGAAUCCAAAGCCAGCUCCACUUCCAUAUCCAGACUGGAUUCCAGACUUGAGUUUGCCGAUUCCCGUCCAUCGCUGACGCGCGAUGUGUCCAACAAUUCCCUGUCAGUUUGACAGGUACCCAGUCCGGAUAGUCAGAAAAAUCUUCGCCGCUCGCGAUGUCACUGAUGUGCUGAUCUGGGUGGUUUCGUUGAGCUUCAGAAGUAGCAGUCGCCCAUGACAUGGGACUGUGUUGC